AUAACCUCAAUACAAAAUUUCCCAAAACAAAUGCUCUGUACUAAAAAAAUAUCCCAUCAAUUGAUGCUUGUUUGCUUGGAUUGCUUGGAUUUAAGAAAGAUUCUAAAAACGUUUCUCAGUUUUGUGUGUUCAAUUCAGGAUCGAUAUAAUCUUUAAAAAAUGACUCCAACUGAAUCCCUAAAUAUUGAUAUAGAUGUUGAUGAAGAAGAUGUUCCUUUCGAAGAAGAAAUCCUGCGGAAUGCCUAUUCAGUGAAGCAUUGGCUUAGAUACAUUGAUCAUAAAAAGAAGGCACCGCGAUAUGGGGUUAAUAUUGUGUACGAGAGAGCCCUUAAGGAACUCCCUGGUUCUUACAAAAUCUGGUACAAUUACCUAAAAACCCGCCGGAAGCAAGUGAGAGGAAGGUGCAUAACUGAUCCUGUAUACGAAGAAGUCAAUAAUGCCUUUGAAAGAUCUUUAGUGUUUAUGCACAGAAUGCCCAGGAUCUGGAUGGAUUACUGUUCCUUCAUGACAAUGCAGUGCAAAAUUACACGUACAAGACAGAUCUUUGAUAGGGCUCUGAGAGCACUCCCUAUUACUCAACACCAUCGCAUCUGGCCACUUUAUUUGGAUUUUCUGCAACGAUUUAACAUCCCUGAAACUGCAGUGCGCGUCUAUAGGCGAUACCUUAAGCUAUUCCCUGAGAAUGCUGAGGAAUAUAUUGAGUAUCUCACUAGUGUUGAUAGGCUGGACGAGGCAGCUCAACAGUUGGCCAGUGUUGUUGAUAUGGAAAAUUUUGUGUCGAAACAUGGGAAAUCCAAUCAUCAACUGUGGAAUGAAUUAUGUGAGCUCAUCAGUAAGAAUCCGGAUAAAGUACAUUCUCUCAAUGUCGAUGCGAUCAUUCGGGGUGGUUUGAGGCGGUACACAGAUCAGUUGGGACAUCUCUGGAACUCUCUGGCCGAUUACUAUGUGCGCAGUGGUCUUUUUGAACGAGCAAGGGACAUCUAUGAAGAAGCCAUACAGACAGUGACAACAGUCAGAGACUUUUCUCAGGUCUUUGAUGCCUAUGCCCAAUUUGAGGAGUUAAAUCUGAAAAAGUGGAUGGAAGAGGCUUCCGAAAGUGCAUCUGGUGAAGAUACCGAUGUCAACAUUGAAAUACGUUUUGCACGAUUUGAAUAUCUAAUGGAGAGGCGUUUGCUACUCCUGAAUAGUGUUCUGUUGCGCCAGAAUCCGCACAAUGUGCCAGAAUGGCACAAACGCGUGAAACUCUUUGAGGGAAAACCCACAGAAAUCAUCAAAACUUUCACGGAAGCCGUGCAAACUGUACAACCUCGUUUGGCAGUGGGCAAAAUUCAUACACUUUGGGUAGAAUUUGCUAAAUUUUACGAAGCCAAUGGCCAGAUUGACGAUGCACGUGUGGUAAUGGAGAAAGCCACACAGGUGGAUUAUGUUAAAGUGGACGACUUGGCGUCUGUAUGGUGCGAAUGGGCUGAGAUGGAGAUUCGUCAGGAAAAUUUCAAUGGAGCCCUUGGGAUUAUGCACAGGGCAACAGCGAUGCCGAAAAAAAGGGCAGCCUACCACGAUGAAAAGGAACCUGUGCAGAUGCGUGUAUACAAAUCACUCAAAGUUUGGUCAAUGUAUGCAGAUUUAGAGGAGUCUUUCGGGACAUAUAAGUCUUGCAAAGCCGUCUACGAUAGGAUCAUUGAUCUCAGGAUAUGUACGCCACAAAUCAUAAUCAAUUUCGGAAUGUUUCUAGAGGAGCAUAAUUAUUUUGAAGAAGCUUUCAGAGCAUACGAAAAAGGUAUCGCACUUUUCAAGUGGCCUUAUGUGUUUGAUAUAUGGAAUACAUAUCUGACCAAAUUUCUUCAACGGUACGAUGGUAGCAAACUCGAAAGAGCUCGCGAUCUUUUUGAACAAUGCCUGGAAUUUUGUCCGCCAGAAUAUGCAAAAUGUUUCUAUUUGCUUUACGCUAAGCUCGAAGAGGAACAUGGUCUUGCUAGAAAUGCGAUGGCUGUGUACGAGAGAGGUACCAGUGGAGUAGAGUCAAGUGAGCAAGCGUCAAUGUUCAACAUUUAUAUUAAGAAAGCAGCAGAAAUUUACGGAUUACCAAGAACGAGACAGAUAUAUGAGAAGGCUAUUGAAGUGUUACCGGAAGAGAGUGCCCGAGAGAUGUGUAUGCGAUUUGCGGAGAUGGAAACGAAGUUAGGUGAAGUGGACAGGGCACGUGCAAUCUAUGCACAUUGCAGUCAGAUGUGCGAUCCGCGUGUCACAAUGGACUUUUGGGGAGCUUGGAAAGAGUUUGAAGUACGCCAUGGUAAUGAGGAUACUAUGAGGGAGAUGCUGCGAAUACGACGGUCAGUGCAGGCCACGUACAACACGCAGGUGAACAUGAUGGCUGCCCAGAUGACGAAUUCAGGGGUAGCGGGGGGCACAGUUGCGGAUUUGGCACCAGGUGCGAAAGAUGGAAUGCGAAUGUUAGAAGCAAAGGCCAUUGAGAUGAAUGCUGAGGGAGUCAAAAGCAAUGGACUCAAGGCAGCUGCCAGUAGCAAUAUCAUGUUUGUGCGAGGGGAAACUCAGGGACUUCCGGGACAGGGUGAAAAGGUGGUUAAUCCUGAUGAGAUAGAUAUUGGGGAUGAAAGCGACGAAGAGGAAGGGGAUGGUGAAGAGGUAAAUAUUCCAAUUCAGCAGAAAUCUAUCCCAGCCAAAGUAUUUGGGGGGCUCAAGAAGGAUGAUGAUGAAGAAGAGAAUUGAUUUGUGAGAAAGUAUGUUCAAUAAAUCCGUUUUUGUCUUUUGUAUUGAAA